GGCAUGGUUGGGGAGCAGUUCUUGUCUGGAGGGCCCUACCUGACCUUGUAUAAAGAGGGCCAGUGGCAACAACUCACGAGCUGGCAUCAUUCCACCAUGUAUUUCUUCUUCGGGCUGUUCGGUGUGGCAGAGAUCUUAUGUUUCGCCAUCAGUUCACUUCCUGCCUCCUUGCCCAAGUUCAUGUUGUCAAAUGCCUUAUUUGUGGAGGGUUUUAUCUUCUACAACCACACUCAUGGCCGGGAGAUGCUGGACAUCUUUGUGCACCAGCUGCUGGUUUUGGUCGUCCUUCUGACAGGCCUGGUCGCCUUCAUGGAAUUCCUCUUACGGGGCAAUGUACUUGUAGAGCUUCUGCGUGAAAGCCUCAUCCUGCUUCAGGGGACGUGGUUCUGGCAGAUCGCCUUUGUUCUGUAUCCCCUCAAUGGAGGUCAUGUCUGGGAUCCAACAGAUCAUGACAACAUUCUGUUUCUCACCAUAUGCUUUUGUUGGCAUUAUGCACUAAGCUUUAUCAUCAUUGGAGUGAAUUAUGCCUUUAUCACCUGGUAA